AUGGGCAGCGCCGACGGCUUCCAAUACCGGGCCUUGUACCCGUACCGCAAGGAGCGGGAGGCCGACAUUGACCUGCUGCCCGGAGACACCCUGGUGGUCAGCAAGGGGGCGCUCCAGGCGCUGGGGUUCAAGGAGGGCGACGAACAGACCCCCCACCAGAUCGGCUGGAUCCUGGGGGUCAACGAGCGGACCAAGCAGAAGGGCGACUUCCCCGGGACCUACGUGGAGUACGUGGGGCCGGUCAAGAUCCCCCUGCCGCCCCACCGGCCCCGGGGGAUCAGGCCCCUGCCGGCCGCACCGGCGUCAAAAGAGGAAGCAGGUGAGGUGCGGGGAUGACGAGCGCGGCGAGCAGGGCGGAUAAAAAUCUAUUCUUAUGUUUUUAUUUUAUUUUUAUUUUAAAAAAUCGGAUUAAAAAAAAUUAAAUUGGAUUUUUUUAAAAAAAAUAGAUUUUAAAAAAUUUAAAUCGGAUUUUUAAAAUAAAAUGCUUUCAGAGGAAAAACCUUUCUAAAGAUUUUCUGUUUGAGUUACAUUGUAGCCCAAAGGCUACAAUCAGGAAGGAAGGAUUUGUUUAAAGUUUUUCAUGUUGCUGAAACUCAGUCUAAGUUACUGUUUUUUUAAUCGUUUCACCACAUUGGUUAAGGAAAAGGGAUACAUAUGCUGCAACGUUAUUGCUUUCGUUAAAUAAAUUGUUAUUAAGGAAAUGAUUGGUUUUUCCUAUAGCGGAAAAGUUGUCCAAAUAUAAAGUUCACUUAUUCAACCUCACAAUAAUGUUCAUCAUUAUCUAUGUAAGAGUAGAACCAAAUCAGUAAUUUCAUGACUGAAAAGUACUCUGAAAAUUUGAUUUAAAUAAAACCCACCCUGGUGAUUUAAAUGGUGAUUUAAGUUGAUUUGAUUUAAAUCCAUUUAAAUCGCACCGGACUUGGGUGCGAAAUCCUGCGCAUCCUGGUGAUUUAAAUGGUGAUUUAAAUGGAUUUGAUUUAAAUAAAACCCACCCUGGUGAUUUAAAUGGUGAUUGAAAUGGAUUUGAUUGAAAUCAAUUUAAAUCGCACCGGACUCGGGUGCGAAAUCCUGUGCAACCUGGUGAUUUAAAUGGUGAUUGAAAUGGAUUUGAUUGAAAUAAACCCCUCCCGAUUUCUCCUUCCCCAGGGUUGGCGCUCCCCGAACUCUCUGAGCAGUUUGCUCCCCCCGAGGUGGCGCCCCCCCUGCUGUGCAGGCUGGUGGACGCCAUUGAGAAGAAAGGUGAGCAAAAUGGGGGGGGCAGGUACUUUUUGGCGGGGUGCUAGUCCUCAUGAAAAGGCUUUUCGUGAAUUUGGGAGGGUCUCUCCUUCCCUUUCCCUUUCCUUACGUUUUUAGCCCUUUUUAAAAGGGGUGGUUUCAAAGGUGCGCCUUGACUCCUGGUCUGGGAAAGAGGCAGGACCACAUAAAUAAUAAUAUAUAUUAUUAUUAUUAUUAUGUAUUAUUAUUACAGCCAGAUGGGAGGGCCAUAAAUAAGUUGAUGAUGUUGUUCUUGUCGUCAUUACAGCCAAAUGGGAGGGUUAUAAAUUAUUAUUAUUAUUACUAUUAUUAUUAUUAUUAUUACAGCCAGAUGGGAAUGUUAUAAAUAUAUUAUUCCUUUUCUUCUUCUUAUUAUUAUUACUACAGCCAAAUGGGAGGGUUAUAAAUUAUUAUUAUUACUAUUAUUAUUAUUAUUAUUACAACUAUAAUUAUUAUUAUUAUUAUUACAGCCAGAUGGGAAUGUUAUAAAUAUAUUAUUCCUUUUCUUCUUAUUAUUAUUAUUACUACAGCCGGAUGGGAGGGUUAUAUAUAAAUUAUUAUUAGUAGUAGUUGAAUAAGGGGUUGGUGGGAACCCAGGUGGAGCUUUUUCAAGGAAAGCUUUUUAAUUUAGUACUUAUUUCCCCCGUGGAGAGUGGGGUGGGGUGGGGGUCCCGCGCCCCUCGAGACCCCCCAAGUCGACCGGCUGUGUGUUUUCCCCUUAGGGCUGGACAGUGCAUCUCUCUAUCGGACGUCCUGCUCAGAGCUGAGGCUGGGAGCUGGUGAGUUACAGGCUUCUGGGGUGCAAAAUUGGAUUAUUAUUCUUAUUUUUAUUAUUAUUACUAUUAUUAUUUUCUCCCCCCAGACUGGGCUGCGUCUGGCGACUUGGACGCCUUCGAUGCCCCGUCUCUGGGAGAAGCUCUCAAGGGGUACCUGCAAGACCUGCCCACCCCGGUAGUCCCACCCGGACUCGGGUGCGAAAUCCUGCGCAUCCUCCAGGGUGAGGCGUAUUCUCAUUUUCACAAACAUUUUAGGGGUUGUGUGUGUGUGUGUAUAUAUAUACAGUGGUACACUGGUUCCCAAACUUAAUCCAUUUCCCCAAAAUAUUGGGCAUUUUCUAGACGGAAAAACAUGGAAAUUCCGUUCCAAAACCAAAGCGUUCCAAAACCAAGACAUGCUUUCCCAUAGAAAUUCAUGCAAAAUGGAUUAAUCCGUUCCAGGCUUUUAAAAGCAACCCCUAAAACAGCCAUUUAAUGUGAAUUUUACUAUCUAAUGAGACCAUUGAUCCAUAGAAUGAAAGCGAUAAUCAGUGUACUGUAUUAUAAAUUAAAUAAGGCAGUAUUGUAGAUGAUAAAAAUUAAAAUUACCUGCAAUGAUAAUAGCCAUUGUUUGGAUGGGGGGCUUUUAUCCAUUUCCCCAGCCACACAAUCAGUCAAUCAAUCAAUCAAUCAAUCAGUAGCUGAACUGGGUUAACCAAAGUUAACCAAAAAAGCCUCAAAAAUUCAAAAUAAAGAGCAAAAUUUCCAAACUUCAUCCGUUCCGGAAGUCUGUCUGACUUCCAAAAUGUUCAAAAACCAAGGCGCAAUUUUGGACAUUAUUUUUUAGGGGGAAAACCUCACACGCAGGAAGAAUGGAAUAAUAAAUUUAAUGAUUAUUUAGUCAAAUUUCUUAAGUUAAGCUAACUGGAAACAGCUUGCAGAUACUUAAUGGGCUUAGGAUUUUAUUGAUGUUAAGUGAUGAAUUAAUAGGUUUAAUUCUAUAAGGUGAAGAUUUAAGGAUGUUCAUGUUUAAGUUAAAUUGCAUAAAAAUUGGGAUUUGGAAAACCGUUCAAAGGACCUGCAAUGAAAUUCAACCGAGGGGAAGCGAGGAAGUCACUGAACAAAGUUAAUAAGUGUAAUUUUUAAUAAGGCCAUGAUUUAUGCUUGUUUGUUUGUCUUGUGUGUUUGUUUGUUUAUAAUAUCGUGAAAACCGAUAAAAAAAAUUUUGGGGGAAAAAACUUUGCACACGGAAAAAUAUGGCAAGUUUGAUCACCAAGGUACCCCUGAGCGCGUGCAGAGUGCCUGGGUUCUCCUGGACCCAGGACUUUGGGGGGGGGUCCUUUGAGCCCCCCGAACCGUUCUCUUCUUUUAUUUUUUUUUUGGGAAAUUAACCCCCUCCUUUCCGUUUUUGCAGACGCCCCCCCUCCGGACUCUGGCCGGCAGCAUCUCCUGUCUCUUCUGGCACCACCGGCCAUGCCCCUGGCGCACCUGCUGACGCUGCAGUUCCUCCUGCGCCACUGGGCCAAGGUGGCCGAGCAGGCCGAGAGCAACGGGCUGGGGCCCCGGGCCCUGGGGGAGCUCUUCGGGGGCCUGGUCCUGCGGGGGGCGCCGGCCGCCAGGUGGGUCAGGACCCGGGACCCCUCUCUGGGCACCCGCUCUGCUCUGGUUUAGUCUGCCCUGAGACCUCUGGGGAGAGGGCGAUUAUUAUUAUUAUUAUUAUUAUUAUUCUAUCUAUCAUCUAUCUCUUUCUAUCUCUUUCUAUCUAUAUCUAUCUAUCUAUCUAUCUAUCUCAUCUAUCAUCUAUCUCUAUCUAUAUCUAUCUAUCUAUCUAGAUCUAUCUCAUUUUUCUAUCUCUAUCAUCUAUCAAUCAAUCAUCUAUCUAUCUAUCAUCUAUCUAUCAUCUAUCUCUUUCUAUCUCUAUCUAUCUAUCUAUCUAUCUGUCUAUCUCUAUCAUCUAUCUAUCUAUCUAUCAUCUCUAUCUAUUUCAUCUAUCUAUAUCUAUCUGUUAUCUAUCUAUCAUCUAUCUAUCUCAUCUAUCUAGAUCUCAUUUUUCUAUCACUAUCAUCUAUCUAUCUAUAUCUAUCUAUCUAUCUAUCUAUCAUCUAUCUAUCUAUCUAUCUCUCUCUAUCUAGAUCUCAUUUUUCUAUCUCUAUAUCUAUCUAUAUCUAUCUAUCAUCUAUCUAUCUAUCAUCUAUCUAUCUAUCUAUCAUCUAUCUAUCUAUCUAUCUAUAUCUAUCUAUCUAUCUAUCUAUCUAUCUAUCUAUCUAUAUCUCUAUCUAUCAUCUAUCUAUCUAUCUAUCUAUCUAUCUAUCAUCUAUCUAUCUAUUUCAUCUAUCUAUCUAUAUCUAUCUAUUAUCUAUCUAUCAUCUAUCUAUCUAUCUCAUCUAUCUAGAUCUCAUUUUACUAUCUCUAUUAUCUAUCUAUCUAUCUAUCUAUCUAUCUAUCUAUCUCUAUCUAUCUAUCAUCUAUCUAUCUAUCUAUCUAUCUAUCUAUCUAUCUCUAUCUAUCUAUCUAUCUAUCUAUCAUCUCUAUCUAUUUCAUCUAUCUAUCAUCUAUCUAUCUAUAUCUAUCUGUUAUCUAUCUAUCUAUCUAUCUAUCUCAUCUAUCUAGAUCUCAUUUUUCUAUCUCUAUCAUUUAUCUAUCUAUCUAUCAUCUAUCUCUUUCUAUCACAAAAACCUGACCUGAUGGAGAGAAACGGAUGCCAUUUCCUGAUUCAGCAGUGCAAAAAUACCCUAAAUCAGUUGUAGAAAUCUAGACAACAUUCAAAAAGUAAAAAAUUAUUACCCAGUCUUAUUAUUAUUAAUAGCAGUAGUAGUAGUAGUAAGAGGGUGGAUUUGACUUAAAUCGAAUUGAUUUACAUUCAAAUCAAAUGAAAUCAAAUUGAUUUAAAUCACAAUUUAAAUCAAUAGUCAGUAAGACUUGAUUUAAAAAUAAUAAUAAUAAAUAAAUAAUAAUAAUAGCUAGGAGUGCUAGUAACGGUGGAUUUGACUUAAAGCGAAUUGAUUUAAAUUUAAAGCAGAUUAAUUUCAAUCAAAUGAAAUCAAAUUGAUUUGAAUCACAAUUGAAAUCACUACUCAGCAAGACUUGAUUUAAAAUAAUAAUGUAAUAAUAAUAAUAAUAACUAGUAGUAGUAGUAGCGGGGUGGAUAUCAUUUAAAUCGAAUUUAUCUAAGUCACUAGUCGGUAAGACUUGAUUUCAAUCUUCUUUUUAAUUACGGAAAGGUUCCGCCUUGCUGGCACCCUCGUUAAGAUUGACAACCAGAGAAAGGUUUCAUUUUUGGAAUCGUAAAUUCCAGUUCUAUCAAAAAUUACUGAUUUUUUAGCAAACAAUGAUGAUCAAGUCUUCCAGGGGUUUUGCAAAUGGAACCAGAGUCGAGCCAUAUCUGAUGCCCCUAGUCCCGUUAAAUAAUGAUAAUAAUAUAUAAUAUUGAUAACUGAAUCUCCCUCCGUAUUCAAUUAAUCACGGCAUGUGUGCAAAUUAUUAAGGGGGUAACCCUGGGGUCUUUUCUGCCCCCCCAGCGCCGAGGGGACCCCGGAUUUCUCCGCCCUUUUCCUGGAGCUGCUCCUGGAGGCGAAAGACCCCGAGGCUGAUUUGCCCCCGCCAGGUAGGAAUCGGGACCCGGUUGUGGGUGCGAGUGGCGACGGCGGGGGGGACGGGACACACGGGUUCGGAUCUCGGGAUCUGGGCAUAGAAAGGUGGGGGGCUGCAGGACCAGAAUAAGGGGCGGCGACCCGCCUUUCCGUCAAGUCGAAAGGGGGCCCCCCAGCGGUCAUCUAGCCCAACCCGCUCCAAGCGACAGCGAGUUUAUUCCACGGAAAUAUUGACACCUUUAUUUUCCCUUUCCUUUUAUUUCCUUUUGUUUAUUUUAUAUUCAAUUUAUAUUAUUUCUUUUAUUUCUUUUAUAUUUGAUUCUUUUAUAUUUUUAUUCUUUUAUUUAUUUUAUAUUUUUAUUAUUUAUUUUAUAUUAUUUAUUAUAUUAUUUUUUAUUAUUUUUUAUUUUAUUUUUUAUUAUUUUUUAUUUUAUAUUUGAUUAUUCUAUAUUUUUAUUACUUUCUUUAUUUUAUAUUUUCAUUAUUUAUUUUAUAUUAUUUUUUAUUUUAUUUUAUAUUAUUUCUUUUAUUUCUUUUAUAUUUGAUGAUUUUAUUUUUUCUCAUUUUUUAUUUUUUAUUUUUUCUUAUUUUUUCUUAUUUUUUAUAUUUUUAUUCUUUUAUUUAUUUUGUAUUUUAUUUCAUAUUUUAUUUUAUAUUUUAUAUGGAUUUAAUUCAUUAAUUUCUUUUAUAUUUGAUUCUUUUAUAUUUUUAUUCUUUUAUUUAUUUUAUAUUUUUCUUAUUUCUUUUAUUUCACAUUUUAUAUUGAUUUAAUGAAUUAAUUGGGUGGGGGCGGGGGAGGAAAUGGUCCUCCGGCUUUUCUUGACCCCCCUUUCUCUUUCUAGCCCUGCCCCCCAAGCCUCCCAAACCCAAGCCGGCAGCCUCAGCCCCGCUGGCCAACGGGAACGGCACCACCCUCCAAGACGCAGAGUGGUAUUGGGGCGACAUUUCCAGGUAAAAUGGGGGGCUGGGGGCGGUAUUAUUGUAUUUCAAUAUUUUCAAUAUUUUCAAUAUUUUCAGUAUUUUCAAUAUUUUCAAUAUUUUCAAUAUUUUCAAUAUUGAAUAUUGCCUUUAAUCUUUUGCUGGAAGAUGGGCGGGGUAGAAAUAAUAAAUUACGACGAUGAGACAUAGAUGCAAAUAAAUAAUCAGCAUAUAAACGCCAAUCAAUAAUCCCCGUCUCCCCCAGGGAGGAAGUGAACGAAAAGCUCAGGGACACCCCAGACGGGACGUUCCUGGUCCGGGACGCAUCCAGCAAAAUCCAGGGCGAAUACACACUGACGCUCAGGUGAGUCCAGGCUCCCAGUUUUUUGGGGAGGAGAGGCAAAAACUGCCCUCCAGGUUUUGCAAAGGGAAAAAAAAGGGCGUUGUUAACCUGCGGAACUGCCUGCCACUUGACGGCCGCUAAUUUCUCGUGGGAUUCCCAUGUUGCCGGCAUCCUCCUUUGCAAAGCACCUGAAAUAAAAUUUUAUGUUUUCCGUAUCUUCUUUUGAGACUUUGCCCCAAAAUAAGAAAGCGCUGACGACUUUGGCCAAGAAACUCCCGAAUGAUUACAGAAUUUAAAAGCUCAAGACAAGAUAAAAUGCCGUAGAAUCACAUUUUUGUAUCAUUUAUGGUCAUUCAUCUGCCAGGAAGGAAACUGACCUGUAGGAAGGAAGCGCCUCUUGAAAAACGAGAUAGUGGACGUAUUUUUGUAAACUAAGAAUUCUUUAAUAAAAAUAUAUUUAAAAGGAAGGAAGGGGGAAGAAAGAAGCAAGGAAGGAAAGGGAGAAAGGGAUGGGAGAAAAAGAGAGAGAGAGAGAGAAGGAAGGAAGGAGGGAGAGGAAGGAAGGUGAGAGAAAGAAGGAAGGAAGGAAGGAAAGAAAGAAAGAGAAGAGAAGGAGAGAGAGAGAGAGAGAGAAAGUAGGAAGGAAGAAGGAAGGAGGGAAGGUGAGAGAGAGAGAGAAGGAAAAAAGGAAGGAGGGAAGGAAGGAAGGAAGGAAGGAAGGAAGGAAGGAAGGAAAGAGAGAGAGAGAGAGAGAAACAAGGAAGGAAGGAAGGAAAGAAAGAGAAGGAAGGAGAGAGAGAGAGAAAGAAAGAGAAAGAGUAAGAAGGAAGGAGGGAAGGUGAGAAGAGAGAGAGAGAAGGAAAAAGGAAGGAAGGAAGGAAGGAGAAGGAAGGAAGGAAGGAAAGAGAGAGAGAGAGAGAGAGAAAGAAAGAAAGAAAGGGGAGAGAAAGAGAGAAGGAAAAAAGGAAGGAAGGAAGGAAGGAAGGAAAGAAAAAGGGAAGGGAAGAAACCCUUCUGACUUGGAAGUGUCCCAUCGGCAGAUUAAAUUCCCUUCUCAAUUACGCGAGUCCCGGGUGCGAAUCCUGCUCUGUCGCGUUUUUCUGGCCCCAAAUCUCCUCCUCCUCCCUGCAGGAAAGGAGGGAACAACAAGCUGAUCAAGAUCUUCCACCGCGAAGGAAGUACGGCUCGGAGCCGCUGACCUUGGCUCGGUGGUGGAGCUCAUCACCCACUACCGGCACGAGUCCCUGGCCCAGUACAACGCCAAGCUGGACACCCGCCUCCUCUACCCCAUCUCCAAGUACCAGCAGGUGGGUCGGGGGGGGAUUAUUAUGAUGAUGAUUAUGAUUAUUUAAGAAGCAAUGGGGAGCCCCCAAAGGCAGGGUGGGCCGCCCGGACCAGUUUCCAGCAAAAAAACAAGAAAUGCAGGUAGACUGCGCCCGCAGCUGGAGGCUCCAUUAUUAUUAUCCUUAUUCUUAUUAUUAAAAAUAAUUAUUAUUAUUAUCUAAAAAACACCAAGAAAUCCAGGUAGACUGCGCCUGCAGCUGGAGGUUCCAUUAUUAUUAUUAUUAUUAUUAUUAAAUCCAGGUAGACUGUGCCUGCAGCUGGAGGUUCCAUUAUUAUUAUUAUUAUUAUUAUUAUUAUUAAAUCCAGGUAGACUGUGCCUGCAGCUGGAGGUUCCAUUAUUAUUAUUAUUAUUAUUAUUAAAUCCAGCUAGACUGCGCCUGAAGCUGGAUUUUCCAUUAUUAUUAUUAUUAUUAUUAUUAUUAUUAUUAAAUCCAGGUAGACUGCACCUGCAGCUGGAGGUUCCAUUAUUAUUAUUAUUAUUAUUAUAAAAUCCAGGGAGACUGCGCCUGCAGCUGGAGGUUCCAUUAUUAUUAUUAUUAUUAUUAUUAUUAAAUCCAGGUAGUCUGCGCCUUCAGCUGGAGGUUCUUUUCUUAUUAUUAUUAUUAUUAUUAUUAUUAUUAAAUCCAGGUAGACUGUGCCUGCAGCUGGAGGUUCCAUUAUUAUUAUUAUUAUUAUUAUUAUUAUUAUUAUUAUUAUUAAAUCCAGGUAGACUGCACCUGCAGCUGGAGGUUCCAUUAUUAUUAUUAUUAUUAUUAUUAUUAUUAUUAUUAAAUCCAGGUAGACUGCGCCUGCAGCUGGAGGCUCCAUUAUUAUUAAUAAGAAUAAGAAUAAUAUACUGCCCCUAUGCCCAGAGGUCUCAGGGCCCAGCAUCCUCUUUCCCCAGGGGCCGGAAAGCUGCCCCACCGCAAAAAGCCGCAAGCGGGAUCCGGGUUCGAGAGCAUCGCAGUUGAUUGAUUGAUUAGAUUUGUAGGCUUCCCUCCUGUGGUUCCCGGCCGUUGGCAUGAAGGCGGCCCACCCGCCUCCUUCCUCGGAGGUCCCCCAGCGGAGUUUGGAGGGCCGCCGGCCUGGGUUUCUGGAUCCGGGGUGCCGGCGGGUUGGGAUGGAUGACCCCUGGGGGUCCCACCAUGUCGGGCUUCUCCUUGGCAGGACCAAGUGGUGAAGGAGGACAGCGUGGAGGCCGUCGGGGAGCAGCUGAAAGUCUACCACCAGCAGUACCAGGACAAGAGCCGGGAGUAUGACCUGCUCUACGAGGAAUACACUCGCACCUCCCAGGUGAGCCGGACUCGGGCAGGCAGCCUCACUUGCGGGGCAGAGCCAGCCAGUUUCGCACCCGGGACCCGCUGCUGCAAAGCUGGCUUGCUCUGAACCUUAAGCUUCUAGUCCUCAGUGUUGUGAACUCUGCUCAAUAGGAGCCCUGCGCCCUUGGUAUUGCCCACACGGGCUGGCAGGCAGCCUCACUUGUGGUUGCUCUUAAGUUUCUAGUCCCCAACAUGAACUCUGCUCACUAGGAGCCUGCAAGAAGCUGCCUUGCGCCCUUGGUAUUGCCUACACGGGCUGGCAGCUGCCUCUGGCAGGCAGCCUCCUUUGCGGUUGCUCUGAACCUUCAGUUUCUAGCCCUCAGUGUUAUGACCUCUGCUCAAUAGGAGCCCUGCGCCCUUGGUAUUGCCCACACGGGCUGGCAGGCAGCCUCACUUGCGGUUGCUCUUAAACUAAAGUUUCUAGUCCUCAAUAUGACCUCUGCUCAAUAGGAGCCUGCAAGAAGCUGCCUUGCGCCCUUGGUAUUGCCUACACGGGCUGGCAGCUGCCUCUGGCAGGCAGCCUCACUUGCGGGGCUGAGCCGGACCCGAAUAUCGCACCCAGGACCGACUGCUGCAAAGCUGGCUUCCUCUGAACCUUCAGUUUCUAGUCCUCAGUGUUAUGAACUCUGCUUAAUAGGAGCCCUGCGCCCUUGGUAUUGCCCACACGGGCUGGCAGGCAGCCUCACUUGUGGUUGCUCUUAAACUGAAGUUUCUAGUCCUCAACAUGACCUCUGCUCAAUAGGAGCCCUGCGCCCUUGGUAUUGCCUACACAGGCUGGCAGCUGCCUCUGGCUGGCAGCCUCCUUUGCGGUUGCUCUGAACCUUCAGUUUCUAGCCCUCAGUGUUGUGAACUCUGCUCAAUAGGAGCCCUGCGCCCUUGGUAUUGCCCACACGGGCUGGCAGGCAGCCUCACUUGUGGUUGCUCUUCAACUGAAGUUUCUAGUCCUCAGUGUUAUGACCUCUGCUCAAUAGGAGCCCUGCGCCCUUGGUAUUGCCCACUCUGGCUGGCAGCCUCACUUGUGGUUCCUCUUGUGGCCGCCCCCCAGGAGCUGCAGAUGAAGCGGACGGCGAUUGAGGCCUUCAAUGAGACCAUCAAGAUCUUUGCAGAGCAGUGCCAGACGCAGGAGAAGUGCAGCCGCGAUUUCAUCGAGCGCUUCCGCAGGGAGGGGAACGACAAGGAGAUCCAGCGGUUAUUACUAUUUUUAUUAUAUAAUUAUCUUGCAAGCUCUCGCUAUUAUUACUAUUAUUAUUUAACGGGACCACGGGCAUCAGCUACGGCUCAAAUCUGGUUCCAUUUGCAAAAUCCCUUUAUUACUAUUAUUGCUAUAUAAUUACCCUGCAAGCUCUCGUUAUUAUUAUUACUAUUAUUAAUAAUAAUAAUAAUAUUGCAAGCACUGGUUGUUGUAUUUUUAUUUUUAUUUUAUUUUUAUUAUUAUUAUUAUUAUUAUUAUUACAUAUAAUUCUUAUCCUGCAAGCCACAGCUUCAGAUGAGUUUGAUAAAUUUAAAUUUAUCUAACGUUUUAAAAUGGUGGUGGUGGUUGUUAUUACCAUUACUUUUACUGUUUUCAUAUAUAACGAUUAUCCUGCAAGCACUCGUUGUUAUUAUUAUUACUAUAAUUACUAUUAUUAUUUAACGGGACCACGGGCAUCAGCUACAGCUCAAUUCUGGUUCCAUUUGCAAAAUCCCUUUAUUACUAUUAUUGCUAUAUAAUUAUCCUGCAAGCUCCCGUUAUUAUUAUUACUAUUAUUAAUAAUAAUAAUAUUGCAAGCGCUGGUUGUUUAUUAUUCUUAUUAUUCCAUAAAUUCUAUUGAUUUUCAAUAUUUAUCACAUUAUUUUUACAUUAUUACAUGUACAUUGUUACAUAUAACGCUUAUCCUGCAAGCCACCCCGAGAUCUUCGGAUGAGUGUGAUCAAUUUAAAUUUAUAUGAUGUUUCAAAACGACUUUUAUCAUUUACACCCCGGCUCAGAAUCCUGAUGAAUUCGGAGAAGCUGAAAUCUCGCGUUGCCGAAAUCCACGACAGCAAAAUGCAGCUGGAGGAGGACCUGAAGCAGCAAGCGUCCGAAAACCGGGAGAUUGACAAGCGCAUGAACAGCCUUAAGCCGGAUCUCCUGCAACUGCGGAAGCUGCGCGACCAAUACUUGGUGUGAGUGCGAGGGCCCUGGCCGCCUAGUGGUUAGAGCACCCGCUUCCGGCAGCCCCUGCGGCGCCUCCUCUCCAAAGCAGCCUCUCUCUCUUUUCCCCCAUAACCAUGAGGACUAGCGCCUUGCUUUGUCUCCCAAGGCUCGACCCAGGUUCGAAUUCUCCCCAUCGGGCAGCCUGAGAUUCGAAUCCGCCACCGGGUGGAAGGAGGGGCGAAGCUCGUCCUAUGAGGGGGUCCUGAUCUUUUCCCUCUCCCCCCAGGUGGCUGACCCAAAAGGGGACGCGGCAGAAGCAGAUCAACGAGUGGCUGGGGAUCAAGAACGAGACGGAGGAGUGAGUUUAUUUUCUGGCAGCUUCUCUCCUCCUUCCUUCCUCCCUCCCUUCCUUCUCUUUCUUUCCUUCCUUUUUCCCUUCCUUCUAUUCCUUCCAUCCUUCCUUCCUUCCUUCCUUCUUUCUUUCCUUCCUUCCUUCCUUCCUUCUUUUUCCUUUUCUUUCUUUCUUUCUUCCUUCCUUCCUUCCUUCCUCCCUUCUUCCUUCUUCCUUCCUUCCUUCCUUCCUUCCUUCCUUCCUUCUCUCUCUCUCUCUCUCUCUCUCUCUCUCUCUCUCUCUCUCAGUUCCUUCCUUCCUUCCUCCCUUCCUUCCUUCUUUCCUUUUCUUUCUUUCUUUCCUUCCUUCCUACUCUUUCCUUCCUUCCUUCCUUCCUUCCUUCCUUCCUUCUUCCUUCCUUCCUUCCUUCUCUCUCUCUCUCUCUCUCUCAGUUCCUUCCUUCCUUCCUUCUUCCUUCCUUCCUUCCUUCCUUCCUUCCUUCCUUCCUUCCUUCCUUCUCUCUCUCUCUCUCUCUCAGUUCCUUCCUUCCUUCCUUCCUUCCUUCCUUCCUUCCUUCCUUCUUUCCUUUUCUUUCUUUCCUUCCUUCCUUCCUUCCUUCCUUCCUUCCUUCCUUCCUUCCUUCCUUCCUUCCUUCCCCUUUCAUUUUAUUCUGACAAAUAAACAAGAAUAAAAACGGACCCCCCACCACCCAGACCCUUCCCUUGUAACUUUCCCCUUCUUAACACAACCAUGAUAUUAUUAUUAUUAUUAUUUUCCCCCAAACGGCCCACGAAACAUUUCCAUCCUUCGAAGGAUCUCGUUCUCCCUUCCGUUCCUUCACUCUGCCACCUCGACAUCAUAUCCCAUCGGCGUCGAUCUGGGGACCCUUUGGCACCUUGGCUGUCCCCUGUCGGAGGCCGGACACUGGGCGCUGGGCAGGGAGGAGCCCCCUUUCCCCCUGGCCAACGGGGGUCUCUCUUUUCCUCUCCCUCCGCAGCCACUACUCCAUGAUGGAGGACGAGGAGGAGCUCCCUCACCACGAGGAGCGGACCUGGUACGUGGGCAAGAUCAACCGCACGCAGGCCGAGGAGAUGCUGGCGGGCAAGAGGGACGGCACCUUCCUCAUCCGCGAGAGCAGCCAGCGAGGCUGCUACGCCUGCUCCGUCGUGUGAGUCUCGGGCCGGGACUCCGGGGGGUCAUCCAUCCCAACCCGCGGGCAACCUCUUGGUUUUUCAUUGCUUUUCCAGUUUGGGAAGGGGGAAAGGGCUGCCUGCUUUUUUUCUCUGCGUGCCAGAGAGAAGUUGUGCAGUUGCGAGAUUGUAGAGUCAUGGAGUGGGACCCCGGGGGGGUCAUCCAUCCCAACCCCCUGCAACGUGCUGAUUUUUAAUUCUUUUUCCGGUUUGGGAAGGGGGAAAGAGCUGCCUGCUUUUAUUAUGUGCAUGCCAGAGAGAAGUGUGGUUGCGAGACUGUAGAGUCUUGGGGCGGGACCCCGGGGGGUCAUCCAUCCCAACCCGCUGGCAACCCGUUGGUUUUUAAUUGCUUUUCUGGUUUGGGAAGGGGGAAAGGACUGCCUGCUUUUAUUAUGUGCAUGCCAGAGAAAGGUUGUGCAGUUGUGGGAUGGUGGAGUCAUAGAGUGGGACCCUUCACGAUUUAAAUCACUAGUCAGUAAGACUCGAUUUAAAUCUUCUUCCUUUUUUACGGAAAGGUUCAGCCUUGCUGGCAUCGUCUUAAUAUUUACAACCAGACAAAGGUUACAUUUUUGGAAUGAUGAAUUUUCAGAGUAGUUUUCACAGUUGUACAGUGGUUCCUCAGGUUACAUACGCUUCAGGUUACAUACGCUUCAGGUUACAGACUCCACUAACCCAGAAAUAGUGCUUCAGGUUAAGAACUUUGCUUCAGGAUGAGAACAGAAAUUGUGCUCCGGCAGCGCGGCAGCAGCGGGAAGCCCCAUUAGCUAAAGUGGUGCUUCAGGUUAAGAACAGUUUCAGGUUAAGAACGGACCUCCGGAACGAAUUAAGUACUUAACCCGAGGUACCACUGUAUUGGAAAUUACCUGCUAUACCGCUUUACGGCUGCAAAACCAGAUCAUGAUAUUUUGCUCUGGCCUUUAAAGAGAUGCACACCUUGUGGAACAAUAAAGGUAAAGGUAAAGGGACCCCUGACCAUUAGGUCCAGUCGUGACCGACUCUGGGGUUGCGAUGCUCAUCUCGCUUUACUGGCCGAGGGAGCCGGCGUACAUCUUCCGGGUCAUGUGGCCAGCAGGACUAAGCCGCUUCUGGCGAACCAGAGCAGCGCACGGAAAUGCCGUUUACCUUCCCGCCAAAGCAGUACCUAUUUAUCUACUUGCACUUUUGACAUGCUUUCGAACUGCUAGGUUGGCAGGAGCAGGGACCGAGCAACGGGAGCUCACCCCGUCAUUGCGGGGAUUCGAACUGCCAACCUUCUGAUUGGCAAGCCCUGGGCUCAGUGGUUUAGACCUAAAGGUAAAGGGACCCCUGACCGUUAGGUCCAGUUGUGACCGACUCUGGGGUUGCGGCGCUCAUCUCGCUUUACUGGCCAAGGGAGCCGGCGUACAGCUUCUGGGUCAUGUGGCCAGCAUGACUAAGCCGCUUCUGGCGAACCGGAGCAGCGCACGGAAACGCCGUUUACCUUCCCGCCGGAGUGGUACCUAUUUAUCUACUUGCACUUGGACGUGCUUUCGAACUGCUAGGUUGGCAGGAGCAGGGACUGAGCAAAGGGAGCUCACCCCAUUGCGGGGAUUCGAACCGCCGACCUUCUGAUCGGCAAGUCCCAGGCUCUGUGGUUUAACCCGCAGCGCCACCCGCGUCCCUUGUGGAACGAUACUGAACCUUAAUAUUGAAAGGAGCCGUUCAGCGCCUCUCUGACGCUUUUUGCCUUGUUGUUCCCGCUCCUCAGGGUCGACGGCGACACCAAGCACUGCGUCAUCUACAAGACGGCCACGGGUUUCGGUUUUGCAGAACCCUACAACCUCUACGCCUCGCUCAAGGAGCUGGUCCUGCACUACAAACACACCUCUCUGGUGCAACACAACGACUCACUCAACGUCACCUUGGCCUACCCCAUUUUCCCUCUGCCCCCCAGAUGA